CAAUCCUCCAUGCCGCCGUCGACGGUGUUUUUCGCCCUCCAAUGCUGCCAAUGCUCCACCAUGCAGGUGAAGCAACGGAAGAAGAGUAGCAACAAGUGGACUUGUGUGGUCUGCAACCAGAAGCAAUCGGUCCGCAAGGUGUUUGCUCAGGGAUAUAUGGCCAAGGACGUUCGGAAAUUCGUCCAGAGUUUCAACAUGUCUCGCCAAUUCGCCGAACAAAAUGUGAUCCCGGCGGAUGACGACAAAGAAACCCUAGAAAUUGAAGACAAAAUUCCCCCCAAUGGCAAGCUGAAAAGGACCGAUUGGACCGAAUACAUUGAUCCAGAGGAGGAGGAUUCAGAAAUCGGCGAAAAUCCUGGGGACGAAUUUGAGCUCAAACUAGUGACUGAAAUGCCUAAACCAGUUUUUAAAAAGCCUAAAUUGAAGAGUUAUCAUGUCGCAAAAGAUUGUGAAUAUGGCGAUGAGAAGAAUAUUCUAGUGGAUGUUGGUGAGAGCCUUGUCAGAACAAAAGGCAGUUCUCAAGCUGGCGCGUCAAGUAGAUAUAGGGGAGCAAGGGUUAGAGGGACACAACAAGAGAGGACUAAUUAUGCAGCAGAAAUUAAAGGAAAGUCUGCUGAUAGGCAGGAAGAAGUGAAGCUCGAGGAGCCAAUGCAUGGAAUGUUCGAAUGGAGAGGCUGUUUAGUUCAGGGUGGUAAUGUCAAACUUUCUGAUGAGGUGCCAGGGAGAAAUCGGUCAGCAACAAUAAAGGGAUGGAGAUCUUCAAAAUGGAGUUGUUACAUAACAGAAGAAGAUGAUAAUCUAUUGCCUGCAAGUGGGAAAGCUAACAAAAAUCAAGCCAAUCAAGGGUGUGAUCCGAAUGCAUUUGAGACUGAAUUUGUUGAUCAAAGGGUAGAUGAAGACAUUCAUCCUGAUUUUCUGUGACAGUUUUUACAUGUAUGGCACCAGAUUGACCAUUGUAACGUUCA